CCUAACUUUUAAUCCAUACAUCAGUACUGUGAUGCCACACCACUGUCACUGCGGUUUGUGAUAUUUACUCAAGGCAGCGGAGGAUUUCCACCGGAGCGGCACACGAUUUCCUACGCUAGGGUUUCCUUGCCACACGCUUGAGUUUCCUUGCCACAUUCAAUUUUGUGGCAAUGCUAUAAUAGCAAACACCUCGUCCAAAAUGGAUAGAAUUCCUCGUCCAGUAAGGAAACCUCGUAAAUGUAAUCAUUAUCCUCGUAUAAUCGACUAUGAAUCUAUGAUUUCUUAUAUAUGUAUGAUGAAUGUGUGUAUGUAUUACUGCUCUGCUCUCUCAUCAAAACUCAAUAUCUCACCAUAUUUGGAAUUGGGUUGAUAUGUCUUCGUACCACGAAAAACAAAAGCUUCCAUUACUGCGAGACGAGGGAGGGGGAGAGGGAGAGGGAGAGGGAGCCUUUGAUUACUCCCAGAGAGUUCACAUCCACGGCGCCGAUGAAACGGAGGGGGAGGAAUUCACGGGAACGGUGCCGUUUUCGUGGAAGAAGCUGUGGCUGUUCACCGGGCCGGGGUUCUUGAUGAGCAUAGCGUUUCUGGAUCCGGGGAACCUGGAGGGCGGGUUGCAGUCCGGCGCCAUUGCGGGGUACUCGUUGCUAUGGUUGUUGUUGUGGGCGACGGGGAUUGGGCUGCUGGUGCAGCUCUUAUCGGCGCGGCUUGGGGUGGCCACCGGGCGGCACCUGGCGGAGGCGUGCCGGAGUGAGUACCCUAAGUGGGCCAGGCUGUUGCUGUGGGUUAUGGCGGAGUUUGCCCUCGUCGGAGCGGAUAUUCAGGAGGUGAUUGGCAGCGCCAUUGCCAUCAAGAUUCUCAGUAGAGGCUACUUGCCUCUCUGGGCUGGCGUCUUCAUUACUGCUUUUGAUUGUUUCAUAUUUCUGUUUCUUGAGAGCUAUGGAGUGAGGAAGCUGGAAGCACUCUUUGCCUUCCUUAUCUCAGUCAUGGCACUCUCAUUUGCAUGGAUGUUCGUUCAGACCAAGCCCAGCGGUGUUGAACUUCUUCUCGGUAUUGUGGUUCCAAAAAUCAGCUCAAAAACGGUAAAACAGGCAGUGGCAGUAGUUGGGUGCAGUAUAAUGCCUCACAACGUAUUUCUCCAUUCCGCUUUGGUCCAAUCGCGCGACAUCGACACCCGCAAGAUCGGCAAAGUCCGGGAGGCGAUCAAGUACUACACCAUCGAGUCCUCGGCGGCGCUGGCGAUUUCCUUCGUGAUCAACGUGUGUGUUACAACGGUUUUCGCGAAAUCUUUUUACGGCACCGAGGUUGCCAAGAACAUCGGCCUGGUGAACGCGGGGAAUGCUCUUCAAGAGAAGUACGGCGGGGGGUUGUUCCCGAUUCUUUACAUAUGGGCCAUCGGCGUCCUGGCCGCCGGUCAGAGCAGCACCAUCACCGGCACCUACGCCGGCCAGUUUAUCAUGGGGGGCUUCCUGCACAUGAAGUUGAAGAAGUGGCAGAGGGCGAUGAUCACAAGAAGCUGCGCCAUCAUCCCUACCCUAAUCGUCGCGCUUGCUUUCGACAGGUCCGAGGAUUCGCUCGACAUCCUUAAUGAGUGGCUCAAUAUUCUUCAGUCAAUCCAGAUCCCCUUUGCUCUCAUUCCCCUUCUCUGUCUUGUUUCCAACAAGGAAGUUAUGGGCGUUUUCACAAUUGGUCCCGUUCUUAAGGCAAUCUCAUGGCUUGUGGGUACCUUGGUGAUUGUGAUAAAUGGAUAUCUAUUAGUUAAUUUUUUCUCAAAAGAAGUUAGUGGACCUGUGAUUAUAUCUCUUGUAGUGGUGUUUACGACUGCAUAUGUUGCAUUCGUAGUAUACCUCAUUCUAAGGGGGAUACCCUAUUUUAAUUCUUGUAGGAAGUGAUUGAUUGCUCAAUGGAUU